AUGGAGGACGCCGGAGUGCAGGGAGAGAGGCGGGACAACAUCGCCUGGGCCGAGGUCGGAUUACGGGUGCUCGCGAUCGUGUGGGUCUCAAUGUUCGUCGUGACGCACGGUUACGCCGCUGUCGUGCUCUGGAUGGGCGCCAAGCCAGCCAUCAAGGCUUGCCUCUGGUGGCUCGCGACCCUCGCUUUCCACGCGUUCAUCAGCUUCGUCUGGGUGGUGGUCGCGUUCGCCGACUUCGGGAUGAUGGUCGGCUUUGGCUUUAUGCGCUGCGUGCUCUUCAUCAUCGUCAUCAUCCGGUGGCUCGACGAUCCGAUGUUUGGUACCGUGGUUCCGGCGCCGGUCUGUGACGUUCCGACGGCUGCGCUCCUGCUCGGCAUGGAAGUGCACGGGCAAUGCCUGGUUUAG